UCCAACAUGGUGGAUAAUCGUUGAAAACUUCCUGACUAAGUCUGUUUCACAAAAUCUACUUAAUUGUAGACAACUGACACUGUUAACAUUUUAACAUAGUACAUAUAUGUGUUUAUUCUGGCAUGGAAGGGCUCAAACUAAGCCAGCAAGAACAAAGAAAUUAUGGGGAGUUAUUUCAAUUAUGUGAUGUUGAUGGGACUGGCAGGAUAACUGGGAUAAAAGCAUCUGAAUUAUUUCUGUCAUCUGGUUUAGGACAGGAUGCACUGUUGCAAAUAUCAGAACUCUGUGGUGCCAAAAGACUUGGACAUUUUGGAAGGAGUCAGUUUUAUAUUGCUUUAAAGUUAAUAGCAGCAGCACAACAGGGAAUGCCUUUGAAAUUAGAUAGCUUAAACUCUGGAAAAGAAAUGCCAUUACCAAAGUUUACAAGGUUACCAGAGCAAGAAAAUAUGGGAGCCUCCUAUAAUUCCCAAACAGAUGGAGUUCCUAUAGAAAGAUCUGGUCAGGCGAUUCCCUUACAGCAACACCCUCCUGCUGGUCAACUCCCACCCCCUCCAGUUACACGGAAAACACAUACUCGAAGAGAUUCUGGUCAACAAAGGGCAUUAGUUGAUAGGGACCCUGGACCACCUGUACCACCUGGACCAUUACCUGCCCAGCAACAGACUCAACAAUCGGUUACUCAGACACAUACUAGAGAAGAAUCUCCGUUAAAUCCUAGAUCACCAACUCAAAAAACAUCUCCUCCCCCUCCAUCAUCCCCACCCACUCAUCAGCCAAGCAUUCCAACCGUUUCCAUCACAAAUCAGGUCAAUCCACAGAAGCCAACACAAGGAACAGCUCCCCAUCACGGAAGUUUUAAUUCAAUAAAUUCAACGCAUGAGGUUGGCUGGGCAUCGUUUGAAGAUGAGGAAAGUCAUGGUUUAUUAGGAACUGGUCCAAAGAAAUAUAAUUUAGAGCCCCCUGGGUUUGACUCAUCAUCCAUUAGUUCAGACCCAGAGAGUGUUGAUGAUGUUUGGGCCAUCAGUGACGAACAAAAAGAAUAUUACAUCAAACAAUUCCAGAGCAUGCAACCAGACUUAAACGGGGUUAUAAUAGGUGGAGUUGCAAAAGAAUUUUUCGAGAAGUCCAAAUUACCGGUCAGAGAAUUGUCACAGAUCUGGAAUUUAGCUGACAUCAAUAAAGAUGGUGCUCUGUCAUUAGAAGAGUUCUGUAUCGCUAUGCAUCUGGUUGUGUUACGAAGACACGAAAUAGAACUCCCAGAACGACUACCUCUCUCGUUGAUGCCAUACACAGCAUUCACAGAUGAAGAACCAUUCAGUACAGACCUUCCCAAAGGAAGUACAUUGAAGAGGGCCAAUUCUCCUCAGUCAACAUCACCACAAGCACAACAGCAGUGGGCACAGUCAUUAAUCCAAGAGUCCCCAAGGGUGCCCAGUGAUAUGUCAUCACCUAAUCAACCUGUACAGUUUGAUUUCUCUAAACCAGUUCCUUCAGAUCCAGUAAGUCAAUCUUCUGGACCGGUUCCUUCAGAUCCAGAAGCUGUCAUUGUUCAUCCUGUCCCUAUGAGAGCGUCACCAGAAACAUUAAAGAAAGAUGGUAGGGAAAGGGUUAGGGCAUACUCAGAGCCUGCACCUUUAGUAGACACCUCAAUACCUGUACAGUCCUCGCCUAGUCCUCCAGCAUCUGUUGAAACCAGAAAUCUAGGUCCUUCUCCCAUACCAAAUAGACCAGCACCAGUUCCAGGAACCGUAACUGGGUUAUUAAUUCCAGUUCAAGCCUCUAGUCAAGCUGAUGGUAUGGGACCGGAAGAACCCCCUGCCCCACCACCAAGACCCCCACAGCAACAUGGUCGUAGUCUUUCUGUUGAUCUCCAAGGUCUUUCACAGCCACCAGCUGUUCCUCCCCGUGCUUCUCCUAAAGACAGUCCAGCUGUCAAAAGAGGAAAUAUGACUUUUAGUGCAAUAGGUUCAGAAAAAAUAAAUAAAUUCAAUAAAUUUGAGCCAAUUCCUUCACAAGAGGCUCUCAACACCAUGGUUCCUGCUGAGGUAAAUAAUCGUUUGUCUCAAAGUGAUGGACUAGAUAAACAUAGGAGAGCUUACUCAUUAGAUUAUAAUAAUUUGGGACCAAGCAAAAGUGUAGGUGCUGAAGCUGGAGAUGCUAGUCUAGUGAUACCUGGGUCCUCAGAUACACAGGCGAUAUCACCGACGGUGACUUGGGAUGUACCUGAAGAUCAGGAAGAAGGUGCUGGGGAAAAACAAAAAUUACCCUAUCGACAAGUUAGUAGAGAUAAAAAAGAUCUACAGAUGGCAAUACGAACUCAUAAAGAAAGAAAUUCCAUGUUAGAACGAUUAAGUAGUGAAUUAAAUCAAGAAUUACAAGAAGUUAUGGAGCAAAGGAUAGCAUUAGAGAUUCAGUUGGAACAUUUGAGACCAGUUUACAGCUAGUAAACUGAUACCUGGCACUGAUUUUUAAACAUAUAGAACCAGUCAACAGCCAUCAUAGUAUCAACUGGUACCCAAAAACUAGAAAUGUUGGGGGACCAGUCUAUAGCUAUUAUAGUGUGAACUGGGCCCCAGUUAUGAUGUGAUAUUUUAAACAGCGAUCCCCAUGUAGUCAUUUAUCAGUUAAUUUAUGAAUUUGAAGCUUAGUUGUAAAACCAUGAUGCAGUUGUAUAGAUAUCUGAGUGUCUAACUUGCCUAUCAGCUGAAAUUGAGGAAAAUUGUAUGUGAAAUACCUGAAAAGUUGUUUCAUACUUGUAUCCCUAAUUCAUGCACUGUAAAGAUUGAACAUUUUUGUGAGGGUUUUUUUUUGUUUGCUGAUUUCUCGAUUGAAAUUUAAAUUGCAAAAAUAUCUCUUUGUUUGAGGAUGAUCAUAAAGGAUGAUCAGAAUCUAGGAGCAGAUAAUACAAGAAUGAACUUCAUAAAUAAGUUUUAGUCCCAAGACUCUAAAUCUUAAAUGCACACAAAUACUAAAGAAUAACAUUAGCUAUGGUACAUUAUGGGGUUUAUCUAGUCUUGUGUUUACACAAAAGAUCAAACCAUUUAGAUAACAACUUAUUGUAUUAAAUUUUAGACAAUAUCAAAUAGUCUAUAGAAUGUGUCAAGCUUUUAAUCCCAAAGGUCUAGAAUGGAUGUGUGUAGGAAAGGGCAAUUUAAAAUAAAGUCAGGAAAUACAGACAAAAUAAUGGCCAAAAGAAAAACACUACUGGGAAAACUAAAUAUUGAGCAACAUCAAUCGCGUCAAAAGUGGGGAAUGAACUCGUGUGCUGAAGGAGGGUCAGCAAUUCGUGCUCCAAUAAUAACACCUGUUGUUUUAACUCUAUAAGAAUGAUUCGGUUAAAAUUUUUCAGUACUAAGCAUCACAUACCACUGGUAUAUUAGAUUUGAGAAUUGUGAUGAUUCAAUAGAUCAAGAUUUGCAUAAUAAUUUGUUGUUGGCAACGGAGCAUUAAGUGUAACCCUUGACUGUCUAUCCUUCCGUCUUUCCAUCAGUCAAUCCCAUUUUCGUUUGUUUGAAGCUUGAGCGGGGGCAUUCAUGUCCUGUGUCUUCAGACACGUUCUUCUUUUAUUUUUAACAAUACAUUUGGAGUUGAAAUUGAUUAUAGUAUGAAAUUUAUAGAAUUUAUGUCUAUAUUUAUUCAAAGUGUAUGUUUUAGACAUACAUGACAUACAUGACAUAGGACUGUUCCAUUAAAACAUACGUGGUACCCAGGGGAGGCACAUUGAAAAUGGGAUAACCACUCAUAAAGGCAAUUUAUGAGCUUCUGUAAUUCUUUCUCUUUUGCCUAAUGUGGCAUUAAGUCAACAUGAAUCAAUCAUCUUACACUUUCUCUGUAUAAAAACAGCCACCCAUGGACGAGAUUUCAAAGUGCCUUCCCUUGGAUGCAUGUAUGUUUUAAUGGAACAUCUACCUGUUUUCAGGUCUUAGCUAAGCUCUGUAUGUGCAUUGCAAGUAGUCAUUCAAUAAUAUCUGUAACCUACAAGAGGACAGAUGUUCAAGCACUUUGAAUUUUUAUUAUGAGAUUCCAAGUUCAAAUUAUUUUAAUAUGUUUUGAAACAUCUUCAAAUGUUCUUAUUUUUAGCUGUUUAUCAAGGCAUUCACUGAAUUGGUAGUAGAUACAUGUCAAAUAUCUAUUAUAUUUCUCAUACUUGUUUGGUGCUUUUAGCUGUAAAAUCCUGUUUAUAAACAACUCAAGUAUAAUUUCCCUAUCCUGUCUCAUCUUAAAAGUAUGAUUAAGAAUUACUCUUGACCUCCAAAGGGAAAGUUCAUUGGAGAUUAAAACCAUGUGACACAGGUAUGGGUUAAACCUCCUGCAAACAUUUGUCAUUUAACCUAAAUUUUAGGCUUCAUUGAUUUAUAAUGAGUUUAAUCUUCCUUUUCUCAGAAACUUAUUGCCCAAUUUUGGUGCUCCUUUUGUAGAAGUUAAAUUCCACUUAAUAACUGUCUUUUGAGGAUGAGGCAAACUUUCUAAUUGUUGAUUUUCUGUGUUAAAGUAAGAACCAUAAAUCUUUUACAUUUGUUUCUAGCUAUAUGAUAGAAAAUAGAAGUAAGCCUUUACCAAUUAAGGUGAAAAAGGUUGAAUAAUACCUUGGUAAUGAAGCUUUUACUCUGUCUAAGCUGUCACCUUUGGUUUGUUUCAAUUGAGAUUUUUUACUACAAUUUACUCUGUUUGUCUGUGCUGUUACCUAUUUUUCUUUUCUCCUACCGUCCCGCUUUAAUUGCUUGAAAGAUUUGGCUUUGCUGUUACUCUGCCAAUUUUUCUGCUCACAGGAAAUAUUUUUGGCUGUGAGGGUUUGUUUUUACGAGUUAAUUAAAACAUGUAUGAAGCAUUAUAUCAAUUUGAAAGUAGGCAAUUUAUUGAUGGCAUUAAUGGUGCAUUAUACACUAAAUCUAUAAAUACCAUUGAAAGUUCCUAUCUGAUGACAGAAUGAACUUAUAAUCUUUUGAUUCUUGCAAUAGUUCCGAAUUGAUUGAGUUUAUGUGAAAUUGAUUUUGAGCCAUGUGAAAUCAAUAAAUGGUACACACAAGGUCAAUUAGUUAAAUAUGUGAAAUCAUUUAACAGUACACACAAGGUCAUUCAGUUUAGAAUGUGCAAUCCAUAUACAGUACACAUAAGGUCAUUCAUUUUAACCUGUGAAUUCAAUGAACAGUUCACACAAGGUAAAACAUGUGAAAUCAAUAAACAGUACACACAAGGUGAAUCUAUUGAACAAGUGAAAUCAAUAAACAGUACACACAAGGUGAAUCUAUUGAACAAGUGAAAUCAAUGAACAGUUCACACAAGGUAAAACAUGUGAAAUCAAGAAACAGUACACACAAGGUGAAUCUAUUGAACAAGUGAAAUCAAUGAACAGUUCACACAAGGUAAAACAUGUGAAAUCAAUAAACAGUACACACAAGGUGAAUCUAUUGAACAUGUGAAAUCAAUGAACAGUUCACACAAGGAAAAACUUGUGAAAUCAACAAGCAGUACACACAAGGUGAAUCUGUAAACAAGUGAAUUCAUUAAACAGUACAUACAAGGUCAUUUAGUAAAACAAGUGAAAUCAAUAAACAGUACACACGAGGUACUGCAGUAAAACAAGUGAAAUAAAAAAACAGUACACACAAGGUGUGUCGCCAUGUUGCAGGUCUAAGUGCAUAAAUUCCGUAUAAAUCAAUCAAAUUGAACUUGUUAUACCUACUGCUAGACUUUAGAAAAAGUGUUGGUUUAGACUUUCGAAAUUUAUCACUAGGAUCUAGUAAGGGUCUCUUAUUAGACUUUUGUGAAUCACAUGUUUCAAUUUGAUUAGUCGAAUGAAAAAAUUAACAAUUAAUACCUUCAAAAUGACGACCAAGGGAAAUUACUCAAACUCAAACUACUUCAUUGGAAACCUAUCUAUAGAUAGAACACCUGUCAGUUACUUAUGGAAAUUGAAACUCAUCUAAUCUAAACAUUGGAAAAGUUGUGAAAAAUAUAGCUGGAAAGCAAAAAAUUAUCUAAUCUGUCGAUUGAGAAAAAGUUGUGAGAAGUAUCACUGUAAUCAGAUUGUGAAUUUUUUAUGGUAUUUUUAAACAUGGUGUAAAAGAUAUAUAUCAUUCCUAUUUAGCAUUUUUGUGUAACAAUUAUACAUUUUUCAGUAAGAUAUUGUAUGUCUAAACAUGUCUGUACUGUUACAAUUGUUUCAAAUGGAAGAACAAUUUUUUCCAUUCUGAUUUGGUUGCGGAUCAAGGGUUCAUUGAGGGUGUAACCCUUUAAUCGACAAAAAAUUUAAAACAUAAUUUUUUUCACAAUAUAUAUAUAUAACUUUUUAGUAUAAAAUCAUUCAAAAAAUUAAGUUAAGUAUAUAUUUACUUAACAGGAAUUUACCCCCCCCCCCCUCCCCCCCCCCCUUUUUUUUCAAAAAUUCUGGAUCUCUUAGUGAUAUUGUUUCAUUAACCUUAAUAAGAAAAAGAUCGAUAAAUGGCAUAGAGAACCACCAAAAUAAUUUUAUGAAGCUUGACUGUUUACCUGGCAUAUUUUAACAUUAUUUCAAUAUUUGUUAACUUUAUGUUCUAUAGAAUUGACUAUGAUUUGGUAACAAUAUAUAUUAUAGGGCAUUAUAAGUUAUAAUUUUAAUAUUGUAUUGUAGUACAUUUCUGCAAGCCAUUUCAAUGCAAAUGUAAAUAUAAAGCAAAGGAAAGUGUAUGAAAAGGACAAUUUUUGUCCCAUUGGAUUCAGAAAUAAAUAGAAUUAAAAAUCUUCGAAAUACCAGUAAUGUAUGUAGGAUGUUCAGAAGACAUUGUUCUGUCAGAUAUCAUAUAUAAUAUAUAAAAUUUAUCUUGUUUAUUUUCUGUAAGUAAUAACUACAAAAAAAAAAACCAGAAUUGCCUCAUUUUGAAAUCUUAAUAUUCAUAUUUAAAUAUGAUUGAUUGAUUGAUUGUUUGUUGUUUAACACCACUUUCAACACUAUCCUGAAAAAAGUUAUUUGAAAGACAUGAUUUAUACAAGUACUACUAUUUUUUAUCUUAAGGAGUUAAAUACUGGUUAAAUACUAGUUAAAUACUGGUUAAAAUAGUGGUUAAAUGCUGGUUAAAGUAGUGGUUAAAUACUGGUUAAAUACCCACUUUUUUCGUAUGCAGAAAAAGUGAACAUUCUUACCUGAUGGUAAGGUGACAAUUGUUGGUUUUAUUCUGGUUAUGGCAAUAGAAAUAUAAACACUGCCAAUAUGACGGAUCACUGUGGAUUCAUCCAUUAAAAACUGGUACCUUACUAAAAAUGAUGUAUUAUGAAUCCAGUCUAUAAUCAGGUUUUACCAAUGAGGAAAUUUAUACUAGUAAGUGGUAGCUUAGAAUGUGUUUCCAAUUAGUUAAUUGAUAAAAAGAGUGUCAAGUUUUUUGCAAAUUUAUUCAUAUGAAUUUUACAUUAUGGCUCCUUGGAUGUUUUAGAUCCAAAUAAUCAAAUGAAUCCACAGGAAUAAAGAUCCUGAUUGGCACAGACUCAUAUGUCUGUAAUACGUGUUGUUAGUUUUCUUACAUUAAUUUUUAAUGAUUGGCAGUAACAAUUUUGUGUGUUUGUCUGUUUUGUUGUUUAUUGCCCCCAUUAAAUGAGAUAUGAAGUUAGGAAUGAAGUUGCUCAAAAUACCUGUCAACCAGGUCCAACACAUAUUUGGAUAAGAAGAAUGUAUUUGUCUUAUGUCUAUUAUAUAUGAAGGAUGGACGAACAUUCUAAAUUCAGCUUACACCAGGUAUACAGUUUUACUUUGUUAUUUGUAAACGUGAGAACUUUAAGCUGUAAGAUUUUUUUAGUUUUUGCAAGUCAUGAAUUAAGAUUUUUGGGGUAUUUUUCAAUGGGACAGCAACCCUCAUCACAGUAAAACCAAAACAGAUAAGCCAUGGUUGUUGUUUAUUUGAAGUGUAGGGGUAUGAUCAAUAUGUAGAUCGUUAAAUUUGUUCAAUCAGAAUUAGAUAGUAUAAUAUGAAAUUUGUACUCUUGUUCACAACCCUGUAGUCUGCAUCAUAAUUGUAAAAUUUACCAUCAGUUUUUAUUUAUUUUCCACACUUUCAUCAUUUCAAGGUUAAAAGUAACUUUUACUUCAUACUUAAUUUCGAUUUAUUGCAGUUUCAUGUUUACAAUUCCAAAUACCUUACUUAUCAUAUGGUGUAUGCAUGUAUAUUUAUAUAGUGAGCAUUUAGCUAAAUAUCACUGGCAAAUUUAUAUAUACAGGGUAAAUUUAGACUGGUACCUAGACAAAAUGCAGAAGGACUUGGUACCAGGAUGAAGCCUCCGUUUUGUGAUUUUGCGUGCUGUAAAAUGAAUAAAAAAUGCUAUGUUGGGGCAUGGUGUACAAUAUUGUUAUGGGGAUUUUAACGGGGCAUAUUGAUUGAUACAAAUAUUGUUAAUUCUGUAUUUAUAUACUGUACAACAGCUAUCAUGGUCAACAAUAAAAUAUGCUUAUAUUGA